AAAGAACAAAUUACCAAGUACAGGAUAGGGAGACUUGGUUUAGCAGCAAUUCACAUGAAAAAGAUCUUGGGGAUAGGGCUGGUGCUGACCAUAGGUUCAAAACAAUAUAAUAUUAAAGGGACUUUGUUUAUAUGGAUGAUGGAGCCAGUGAGAGUAGGGGAUCUCUGUGGGGAUGGGUGGGCCUGGGGUUUGUUAGAUCUCCUUUUUAGGAUUGACAUGCCCAUGGGAACCAAAUAUUCCCAAUAUCUGCCGCUUUUUCCUCCUCUCCAGGCCUGGAAUGUGAUCUAGCCCUGCACUUGGCUGGGCAGCAUCUGGUUAGACAACUGGUAGUGAAGAGGCUGAAGGCUUUUGUGGAGGAUCCUGCACCAGCCAAACCCCUAGUGAUGUCCUUCCAUGGCUGGACUGGCACAGGAAAAUCCUACGUCAGCUCCAUGCUGGUCCAGUACCUGUUCAGACACGGGAUGGCCAGUCCCAACGUGCAUCACUUUUCUCCUGUCAUCCACUUCCCCCAUGCAGACCAGAUAGAACGAUACCAGGGUGACCUGAAGCAGUGGAUCUUGGGGAACCUCACAGCUUGUGGCCGUUCCCUCUUCCUCUUCGAUGAGGUGGACAAGAUGCACCCAGGGCUGUUAGGGGUACUCCGCCCUUUCCUGGGACCUUCCUGGGUGGUCUAUGGGACCAACUACCGAAAAGCCAUCUUCAUCUUCCUCAGCAAUGCUGGUGGGGAGCAAAUCAAUCAGCUAGCGCUGGAUGCUUGGCGGGCCCGCAGGGACCGAGAAGAGCUCCAGCUUCAGGAUCUAGAACCAGCCAUCUCUAGGGCCAUCGUGGACAAUCCCAAUCAUGGUUUCUGGCAGUCAGGAAUUGUGGAAGACCAGCUCUUAGACUUACUGGUGCCCUUCCUGCCCCUCCAGCAUCACCAUGUCCGUCAUUGUGUGGCCAAUGAACUAGCCCAGCUGGGCCUGGCUCAGCAACAGGAGGAGGAGGUUGUCCAGGCUGUGCUGGAUGGAACUGCCUUCUUCCCAGAAGAGGAACGCCUUUUUUCUUCCAAUGGUUGCAAGACUGUUGCUUCCCGAAUCACCCUUUUCCUUUGACUGGGCAGGGACAU